CUCCGCACUGCUGGCGCACGACACCAUCUGAUUGGCUGCUUUCCAAAACACGGAAAAGCCCAAAGAUGCAUGUUGUCAAGCUUGUCUUCAGUCGAGUUCUCAAUUAAUUGAAGUUUAGACACCGCUUUCUUUAUUCUGGCACAUUCUGAUUGUCAGACACUAGUCUGUUGGGAAUAUGAACGCUAUGAUUUGUCAACUCCAACAGCUACCGUGUUACAUGGAGUCCGAAAACAGGAGAUUCCAACCCUGGCGGGACUACAUGAAGCUAGCGGACGCAGUGCGGGAGAUGCAGUUAGGGAACUUCACAUCAGAACCGUCAACCGUUGAGGGUCAUGACUCCGGGAUAUGCUCGACUAUGGUGGAAUUUGAAGAAUUUCCGCCACGAGCCUUGCUGUUCCCGAUAACACCCGUGCCGACACAACCCUUAUGGCACGAAAUGGAACCCCUGGAUUCCGAAAUCGUCCCCUUGCAUAAACACGCUACUUUACGUCCGAGCAGCACCAAGGGUCCCGAGCCCCCUACAGCAGCGUCCAGAUCCUUCGCGGGCACCCGGGGCCAGAAGGAGAGAAUGAAGGCGACCCGCUCUAAGACGCCGGAGGAGGUGUCAUCACCUGAGCGCAAGAUCUGCAGCUUCUGCAAACACAACGGGGAGUCUGAAUCUGUGUUUGGGUCCCACAGUCUAAAGGACCAGGAUGGGGACGUGGUAUGCCCGUACCUGCGGCAAUAUAUCUGCCCUCUCUGCGGGGCCACCAAGGCCAAAGCCCACACCAAGCGCUUCUGUCCCCAAGUCGAAACCACCUACAGCUCGGUCUAUGUCAAGUCAUAGAAGCGCUAGCUCUGGUCCAGGCCGUUACUGCGCUACCCUCUAAGACCUACUAACAUAGUCAACUUGUUGUUGCGAGAUGGGUGGGACCAGAGCUAGAGAGGCGCUGGAGAGACUUCAGGCUGUUGUUGUGCAGACUUUCUUGAGCGUCUCUAGCGCACUGUAUGCGGACAAUUGUAAGAGGAUUUACGAGUGGAUAUUCAGCUGAGACGCAGUUUGGAACAGGCUGACAAGUUUGUAGACUGUGUAAUAGGCUGACUAGUUUGUAGAAUGUGUAAUAGGCUGACUAGUUUGUAGACUGUGUAAUAGGCUGACUAGUUUGUAGAAUGUGUAAUUUCCUGUUAGUCGUGUGAUUUUUAUUAUUUAUUUCCUUGACUUUUUCUUGUUUGUUUUCAACCUGUCGCGUAUUUUUAUGUAUUUAUGACGUGUGAUUAUUUGCAUUUAUUUUCUACACAUUUUGGGGUUUGAGUUGUUUUCUUUAAAGUGUAAAUGUCUCUGUCUGUCUGUGACCAAACUAACUACGUCUUUACAUGUUGGUAUGAGAUUUUGUAAAACCUCAACCUCUUAAUGUGUCGCCUACUGAACCGCCCUUAUCAACAAACUCUCAUUGCAGAAUUCGACGUUUUUCCACGUUUCUCCCUGCUACUUUGGGGAGGAAAAAACGAAAGUGUUGUUUUCCUGACUUUAAAACGACAUGCUCUAAUUAAUCUAACUGUACAUCUGCAAGUCUACAGGCCUAAAAUAACUAUUAUAAGAAAAUGACUAUUGACAAGACAACUGCUAUUUUAUGAUGUGGUGUGCAGAGCUACUUUGUGUUUCUCAUUUACCAUGCUAGCUACUAUUAAGAACUGUUAUACUUGAAUUACUUUAAUAGAUCUAGAAGUGUUCUUUUUUUUUUUUUUUUUCAACCUCGAUGCAUCUUACAUUGGCUGUACAGGACUUUAAUGUCUGUCACUUUACAGAACUGCUCUACCCCAUGUUGAAUAGUAUGUUUGUUUAUUAUGAUACAUGUCUUCUAUAAUAAUAACAAUAAUAUCUG